GGGAGAUAAAAUAAUCUCCAGCUCUCUAAGGUUUGUAGUGAAGUGUGAUGGCGUGUGUUGAGAUGGCGGUAAAUUCAGGUGCUAAACUGUGGACGCCUUUCAAAGAACUUUAUGAUGUAGUUGAUUCAGUGUUAUUAAAGAAACAAGUAGAAUCAGUUCACGAUUUGGAGGUGAUGUUAAGACGACAUAAACCUGAUUUUAUGUCACUUUUGAAGGCACCUGAAAAGAACAGUGUACAGAGAGAGCUGGUGAAGAAAGCCACAAAAGAGGGUUUGCCUGUCUAUUCAGAGCAAAGAACUCAAAUUCUUUCUCAAGAUGUCAUUGAUGAAUCAUUACUUUUAAGCGAUCUCCAUAACAUCAAUGAAUUUGCUGCAGUUGAGUUCAUUCUCUCAGGUCAGAACCAGCAACCAAAUUAUCCAGGACUUAGUCGAGGCUUAGUGGCUGUUCUUCUCUAUUAUGAUGGACGUAGAGCCCUGUGCAGUUCUUUGCGUGUCCUGCUUCAAGCACGUGAAGGACGGAUGUGGACCAUGGGGAAUGAUCAAGAAAUCACAGACCUUGUUAUGAAAUAUACAGACAACCUCAUAGAAAAUGGACUUGUCAACAAAAUAUUAGACUUAAUUCAGAAAAUGGACCUUGAUUCGGAAAUUGAAAAACUGGAAAGAGAUAGAGCUUUAGGUCCACCAAAACACAGGAAACAGGUUAUAGACUUGUUCAAAGAAAUUCGGCUCUGCCUAGCUGAAUGCUUGUUUUAUCUGGCAGCCCAGCAGCCUCUCCAAGAACAUGAUACCUUACAGCUUAUAGCUUUUUUAAAAGAGCACUGUCGAUGGAGUCCAGAUGGGUCUUUGGAUCCAGUGUCUUUAUUUCUUCUUAUAGCUCUCUUGUACUGCUUUGAUAAUAGCAUAUUAGAGCUUGAAGAUAAUGAAGAAAUGAUUCAUAAUUUUCCAAUAUUGUCAGAUGAUCAAUACAUUCGCAGCAUCCACCAAGUUCUUGUAUCAGAUGAGCUAUGGACCCAUCCAGAAGUCAGAGCAGUUAUUAGAUUUGCGUGGGCCAUGAGCCUUCGCCAGCUGUAUAUUUCACAGCACUCUUGUGCUCCAGGUGUCAAUGAGUAUUGUGAGGAAGAUGAAACUAUUGUAAUGGCUGCUAUCAAAGAAAAAGUAUUUCUGUUUCUCAGAACUCAAGUUGUAGCUUCCCCAAGUUUCUUUCAAGAGGAGUUUUUUGUCUCUCGUAUUCAUGGUCUGCUGACUGAUUUUAUUGUUCACAUGCCACUCAAGGUAACAGAACUACGAAACAUUGAUGAUGAAACAGCUAGAAUUAUCCUGGUUCAUAUUCAAAAAGGAUUGGAUCCACCAUCAAAUUUAAGCAGAGAUUUUGAAGAACUUCUAAAACUCCUUGCAUAUCUAUAUGGAGAUGAUAGACUUGGUUUGGAAUAUGCAUUAGAAUAUUGGUACCCUGCUGAAUCUAUUCAAACUGAAAGUCAUUUUGGACCUGGGACCUUACGUCAUCGUCCUACUCAGCGUCAGGUUGCUCUUCACAAAUUUGUACGAUUAGCUGGAGAUCUGUUGCCUUCUUCUCUGUAUGUGCCUUAUAUCAAAAUGUUAACAGGUCUGGCAAAUAGCCCUCAGUGUGCUUGGCACUGCUAUAAUCUUUUGAAAAUGAACAGCAUGAACUCUGGAGGUUCUACACAAAUGGUAUCUUGGGAUCACAUUUUUCUUUCUCUGAAUCAGUACUAUGUAAGUCUUCGCCGUGAAGUUCCCUCUCAGACAUUUGGUAGUUACCAUGCUCAUGGUGGAAUCACACCACAGGAACAAGAAGCUCUCAUAGUUGUUUUACAACUUACUCAGCAAAUUGCCAAUCAGACUGAAUUAGAAGAGGUUGAAAGCCGUAAUGAAGAAUAUGUUUUAACGAGAGCUUUUCUUAGCCUGAUCAGUACCUUAAUUGAUCAUUCCAUUCCAGCUGGUUUAGGUGCUGGACACAGAUCUCCCGGUUUUCAACCUUAUUUGGAUUUCAUUAUUGAUGGAGUAUUCCUUAAAUGCUUUUCAAGAGCUUACAAGAAUCCAACAGAAAAGUGGGAUGUUGCUAUUAGAGUGGUGGAAAUUCUUUACAAGAUAUUAUGUGAACAUAAAAUUCAGCCAGAACAUUUUAUUGGAGAAUCUCAGAUAGGACAAGGAGAAAAUAUGGCUAUGCUGAAUAGGCUACCUGGACAUGUUUUGCUAAUUCUAAUGCUCAAUGAUUCAGGACUACUACAAAUGAUUCUCAAGAUAUUGAAUGAUUCCCUAGUGCAGUUUGCAACAUAUGUGGACUUUCCUGGCAGAGCAUCUCUUGAGAAAGCAUGCCUCUAUUGUUUGCGUAUGAUAGAGAUUACUUUGGAGAAAGAAGAUGCAUUUUUGGCUGCAAUUCGAGAAUCUGGGUCAUCAAUUGUUGUUGUCUGUUUAGACAGGCUGAUGCGUGGAGUGAACCCAGCUACAGGGAAACCUGACCAUUUUGUUAACAUUGCCAAGUUUGUCAUUUAUAACAACCAGUUAUAUCAACAUGCAUUAUCAGCUAUAAAGAUCCUUUUCCUGGUGUGUCGGUCAGUUUCAGUACAAUCUGACUUAGUUGCUAUGUUCACAGAAAAUGAGAUCAUUCAAAGAGAAUUACUUCAAGGAUUUGUUGAGUGUAUGGAGAAUGAAGAAGAAGAAGAAGUUGCUCCUACAGAAGGUCAAAAAUUUCUCAACAUGCUAGAAAUUCGUAACACGAUGCGUAAACAUUUGAUGCAACUGUUAAUCAACUCUUUAGAUUACCCUGCACCAAAUGUUGCCCUUUUCCUCUUGGGAUUUGAACUCAGAAAGCCAGUUGAGAAAACCAACCUUCAAGAUCCUGGUGUUCUUGGAUGUCCCCGAACUUGUCUCCAUUCAUUGAUAACUAUUCUGAAUCGUGGUGUUGGAAGCCGCACAGGACCUCGGUGUUUGACUUUCACCCCACAACUUGCUGAGUUAGCUUACCAUCUACUUUAUGUGCUAUGUGCAAACAAAGAAACCUCCCCACCAACAAUGCGCUACCUGAGAACUGUGCAUGAUUUUUUCUAUCGGCAACUUAAACAUCUUCCAUUUAUUGGAGAAUCAUCCAAAAGCCCUUUGAUGAACCAGCAGUCUUGGCUUUUGAAAGCUAUGGCUCUAGAAUUGCGCCUGACAUCCAUGAACAGACAUCGCUCCCACACUCAGCGCUUAAUGAAAUUACUGCUUGAAGAUGUUGAUGUUGAUCACAUUUCAGUGACACAGGCGUAUGGAGCAGAAGAAAAUGAUUAUAGCACUUAUGGAGGAAAAGAAGCUUCUCUAUCGCAGUAUCCAACAAUUCCUUCGAGCUGUUUCAUGACUGGUACUCAGACAAGACGCAAAAUUUUACGCAUAUUAGACUCUUUAGAUUUCACUCAAGCCUGCCCUCAACGUUGUCCACUUCAAUUUUUUGAAGAAAAUUUGAUUGAAGAUGUCAUAAAAUCAUGUUGCAAAAGGCCUAAAAAUGGACCAGCAAUAUGUGAUGUCAAAGCCUUGCGCCGAGUUCUUAUUGGAGAAAUUAGCAACUUACAGGGCACAACUCUGGCAGGACAAAGGAGUUUAAUUUUAAGGGAAGUUGAAAUCAUCUUGGAACAGGUGGUCUCCAGCAAUGCAGUAUAUCAAAGUCUGUACUCCAAGUAUGUAGCUUUUGAGGCUUGGCGUCAGGUGACUGAAGUUUUGGUAACUGCUUGUACUCCUGAUUUAUUGGACAAAGAGAGUCAACAUACUCUUUUGUUUGAAUUAUUGCAAGACCUUCUCAUUAAGGUAGCAGAUAAUGAUGCACUGCAAGAACUUACUGCACCGGUUGCUGGAGUUAUCCUAGUGGUGAUGGCGAAUUUAAGGAGGUGCUUUUCAGCUUCAGAAUUCUUUACUAGUCAUGAAGAAUUACAACAAAAUCAUUCUCUAACACCUUCAGCAAAGAUUGGAACUCGUACUCUGUUUGCAACUUCACUACAUAUUGUUUUGAAAGGCCUACUAGAUUACAUACAGAAGUCUUGUGGGAGUCAGCAGAAAGUGCGAACAUAUUUAUAUGGUUCCCUUCUUUAUUAUCUUCAAAUUGCACAGAAAUCUACCAUACCUAGUUGGUUGUCUUCAGAAACCGAGGCUUUAGGUGUUGCCCAAGUAUUGGUUGCUUCAGGUGAAGGAGAAUUUGACAAUUUAUCCAAAGAGAAUUUGUCAAUUAUUUUAUCAUAUGGUGAUUCCUUACUAGAAAUAAUCUGCAAAGAUAUAUGUGAUGGACAUAAUGUAGGAAGAUUACUGGCUCUUUCACUUCUGGAUUGCAUACUUUCUCUGGACAAGAGCAAUCAGUGCUUGAACUUCAUGAUCUCCAAAGGUUAUCUGCAACAUCUUAUUGAUGGCAUUCUUACUGAUGAUAGUCACUUGCAAAAUCUUUUAAACCCAUCAGUGGAAUCUUUAAAGCAUCUUUACAGUUUUGAAGGACGUAUGACAUUUUGCAGUCGCGUGGCAUCAUCACCUGCUGGAGCAUAUUCAUUACUGCGCCAUGGUUUCAUGCAACGGUUAGCUGAAUGUGAAGUGUUCUCUAUGCGUCCAGAGCAUGAAAGGGGACACACUGAAGGCAAUACACUUAUGGAUGAAGAAAUGGGUUUAUCACCUUUGGCCCGCUAUCGCCGACUUCUUUUCCCCGUCCUCAAAGUCUGUUUAGCUAUCAUUUCUUCAGUUGGAGUAGAAAACUGCAAUGCAGCCAAAGAGAUACUCAUCUUUAUUGUUUCCCAUGGAGAUGUGUUUCAUGGCAUUUUGAGAGAUCGCCACAGCUUGCAUGAUUUAGGUGCUCUACAGGAGCUGGAACUGGCAACAGCUGUCAUCAGUAAAGUUGCUGUACAUGCUGAAGCAAAAAAUUCAAAUUUAGAAAGUAAUGUGGGAGUGAUGACUUCAAUGGAAUUUUAUAGCCAAGUGAGCCGCAUUCAAAGGGAAAUGCUUGGACUACUUCAACGUUUUGUUUUGACUGAGAAAGUGCUGAAAGUUUUUCAAAACCUUGACACUAAGCUGACUGUUGAUGGUAAUGAUAUCAGAGCUGACAUUUCUCUUACCUAUAAAAAGGUGAUGACCAAUGCUGUAGCUUAUUGUCGUUUGCUCAUCACAAAAUCCAGCUCCAAUGCUGAGUUUUGCAAGAUCAUUUUUGGACCCAAUCUGGAAGAAAGGAAUAUAGGCCAAGAUGAUACAUCCUUCUCUCGUACCUAUGCUGCUGGUCAUCCACCCAACCUUACCAUUGUUGUGCAGCAUCUGAAGCAAUGUAGCAGUCAGUUUAUGUCAGUAUUUGAUAGCUACCAACAGCUGAAGAGGAAACUGGCCAGUGUUACUGACUUGACAGCAGAUGACCUGAAAGAAUACUCUGGUGUUGCAGAUUUAGAGAAAGUAUCAACACAGCAACAACAACAGUUAGCAAAGAAAAGACUUGUCCAAAUUAUUGGAUACCGUUACCAAGAAUUACAAAAUUUUUCUUAUAUCAUUGAAAACUGCUUGUUCAUAUUAUGGCGUCACUUAGAGUAUUAUUUACUACAUUGUGUCCCACUUGAUCAACAACCAAGUUUGUACCAAACUCAGCAUAGGGAACAGUCUAGGCAAUUCAGUGAUAUGACAUUCUCAGUUUCCCAUAAAGACUUUGAUCCAAAUUCUGGAAGUCAUGACUUUAUAGCUAGUGUGACAUGUGAAGAACUUGAUGCCCUAAAAUGUAAUGCCCCAGCUAUUAUAGGAGAUACUCUAAUGAAAAAAAUUCUGGAAAUAAACCAAUGUUUUGGUAAAGCUCGAAGUCAUUACAGUUUCGUUGGAGCAGUUGUUCGUCGAAUCCGUCGAUUGCUUAGACUCCAUACAUCAGAUACUUGAUAUUUUUAUACUAAUGAAUAUAAUAUUUGUGAAUAAAGAUGCAGUAUAUUGAAUCCUUUCUA